UCCCCGUCCUGGCGCUCUUAGAUGGCGUCUGCACUUAUCCCCGCCUCCUCCGCCGUUUCUCGCCGUUCCUUGAGGGCCUCUCCGGUGCCGUCACUCGGGUGCGCCCGGCCGCUCGCACGUGUGAGGGACCGCCAUGAGCUGCCCGGUGCCCUGCGCUGCCUGGGUGCGGCGCGGAGUGGCCAAAGAAACGCCGGACAAGGUGCAGCUCAGCGAGGAGGAGCUCAAAGGUCUCAUCGAGGAGGCGCAGGACAGGCUGGGGGAUGUUGCUGGUGGAACUGAUGAAGGCCAGACAGCAUCUGACACGAGUGCACCCGUUCCUGGCAGCAGCACUAAAUCUUCCCAAAACAAUGAAGAGCAGUCUGAUCAUGAACUGGAUGAAUAUGAUUUGGAUAAUUACGAUGAAGAGGARUACACAGGUGUUUUAAAACUUGGAGACUCUUUGGCCUCUCUGGCAGUAUAUGGGAGCAAUGAAAACGAUCCAUACAUCACUCUAAAAACCACUGAACAAUAUGAACAGGAGGACUUUUUGAUUAAGCCCAGUGACAAUCUUGUCCUUUGUGGCAGAGUUGAUAAAGACUGCUGCAGUUUGGAGGUCCAUGUUUAUAAUCAUGAAGAGGACUCAUUUUAUGUACAUCAUGACAUUAUCUUGCCUGCUUACCCUCUAAGUCUGGAGUGGUUGAAUUUUGAUCCUAGUCCAGAUGAAUCAACAGGAAACUAUGUUGCAGUGGGUAACAUGACCCCAGUUAUUGACAUUUGGGAUCUUGAUGUAGUAGAAUCCUUGGAACCAGUUUUUUCUCUUGGAKGCAAGAAAGAGAAAAAGAAGAAGAAGAAAGGAAAGAAAAGUUUAUCUUCAGAAGGGACMGUGGAAGGACACACUGAUGCUGUGCUUGAUCUUUCAUGGAACAAACAAAGCAGGAACGUUUUAGCAAGUGCCUCUGCUGACAAUACAGUGAUUUUGUGGGACAUGGCUGUAGGCAAGGCAGCAGCCAGGCCAACACUACAUACAGACAAGGUGCAGACGUUGCAAUUUCAUCCGUUUGAAACGCAGACCCUCAUUUCUGGAUCAUUCGAUAAAUCAGCAGUGCUGUAUGACUGCAGAAACCCCCAGGACAACCAUCGAGUGUGGCGCUUCAGUGGUCAGGUUGAGAGAGUCAUYUGGAAUCAUUUUUCACCUUGUCAUUUCUUGGCAAGCACAGACGAUGGCUUUGUGUACUGUCUGGAUGCUCGCUCUGACAAGCCCCUGUUUACCCUGAAAGCUCACGAUGAAGAGGUGUCAGGGCUACAACUAAGCAGUCAGAUCAAAGGGUGCCUUGUGACAUCAUCUGCUGACAAAUACGUGAAAAUUUGGGAUAUCCUGGGAGACAGACCAAGUUUAGUCCAUUCCAGGGAUAUGAAAAUGGGAGUUCUGUUCUGUGCAGCUUGCUGCCCUGACUUCCCRUUUGUUUUUGCCUUUGGAGGAGAGCGGGAAGGGCUGCGUGUUUGGGACAUAAGCAAGAUUUCUGCAGUGAAUGAAGUUUUUGGGAACAGAGAGAGGCUCAUCCUGGCUAGUGCCAGCUCUGUGGUUUCCAGCCCCACAGCCGGCAGCAGCAGCAGUGAUUUGGAGACAGCAAUGGAAUCAUGAUGGACCAAACAUCAAAAAAUCAAACUGUUUCUAGUUUGGUGAAGGUGUUCAGCAUGGCUCUGCAGGAACCAAGAAUAUUCUGGAUGUGUUGGGAUUCCUGCCUUGAUCCUGUCUCUGCCAAGGAAUAGUGACUGAUGYGUGGACAACAAGUGAACAACUGCUUUUGUGAAGCUGAAGAACAUGAAAGUACCAGAACCACCCCUGUUCAAGCAUUCUCCACUGAAAAGCUUCAAGUUUUUCAAAGCUUUAAUUUUAAAUAAAUGCUUUGUGUUAAGCUCUU